AUGACUGACCCUGAACCACGAAACCGUAAACAUGGCAUCACCGGUCCCAUGUCUAUGGCCCUCCCUGAGCCCCUAGACAAUGAGAAGACGGCCGAACUAAUUGAAGAGUUGAAGAGGGAAAACAACUAUGAAGGGCAAAAAGAGACAGAAAAGCGGAUGAAUGUUCUCAAGCUGUUGAGCAAGGUCACUCUGGAAUUCGUCCGUGAGGUCAGUCGGAAACAGGGACUACCUCCAUCCCAGAUCAAUACCUUCGGCGGCAGGGUCUAUCCCUACGGCAGUUAUCGCCUAGGUGUCUUUGGACCUGGCUCUGAUAUUGACACUCUCGCCAUCGCUCCGAGACACGUGAAGCGCGAAGACUUCUUUGAGUUCUUCCCUGCGGUCUUGAGACGUAUCGCAGAAAAGGAAGCCCCUCCCGCGGUAAUCUCGUCGCUUGUGCCGGUUCCCGACUCCUUUGUGCCCAUCAUCAAACUCGUGCUCAAUAAUAUUGAGAUCGAUUUGAUCUUCGCCUCAAUCGCAACUCUGACGACCAUCCCUCCGAAACUCGGUUUGAACGACAAUAGCCUCUUGGUAGGAAUGGAUCAGGCGUCCAUACGUGCAAUUACUGGCCCACGUGUUACCGAUGAGAUCCUUGACCUUGUUCCUGUCGAGAAAACCUUCCGAACUGCGCUCCGGGCGAUCAAACUAUGGGCGCAAAGAAGAGCUAUAUAUGCCAAUAUUGUUGGCUAUCCUGGCGGUGUCGCUUGGGCUAUGCUCGUUGCACGUGUCUGUCAGUUCUAUCCACAUGCGGUUGGUGCUACGAUUGUGGGAAAAUUCUUCUACAUCAUGAAGGAGUGGCCAUGGCCUCUGCCGGUUAUGUUGAAGGAUAUUGAGCAACAACCCAAGAAUCUAGGUCCCAACCACGGAUUCAAGGUCUGGAACCCUGUUCUCUACAAAGGUGACGAGAAGAAUAUCAUGCCUAUCAUCACGCCUGCAUUCCCAAGCAUGUGCGCGACAUACAACAUCUCCAAGUCCGGCAAGACGGUUAUCCUCCGCGAACUGGAGAGGGCUGACAAGAUAGUCACAAAGAUCUUUGCCGGCAGAGCUUCCUGGAGCGAAUUGUUCCGGAAACAUACCUUUUUCACCGCAGAUCACAAAUACUACUUGAGCGUGACUGCUAGUGCGUUGAACGCCGACGCGGCCAAGGCAUGGGCGGGUCUUGUCGAAAGCAAAGUUCGGAUCUUUGUCAUGCAGUUAGAAGGCACCAAGGGAAUCGAACUUGCUCGACCGUUUACUAAGGGGUUCAAACGUGUGCACAAGUGCCAGGACGUUGAUCAAAUCCGAGAAGUGCAGAGAGGCAGCAUGAAGUAUAAAGUGGAAGAGACGAAGACUGUUGAGACGACCGAUCCGGAACUGGUGACAACUAACGGGGAAGGUGCCGCAGUUCCCUUGUCGGACAAUACCAGUCAGGAAAAGGAUCGGGAUGCGCACACCAUCUACACCUACACAUUCUACAUUGGUAUCGACACGGUGGCUAAAGGAAGCUUGAAUCUGGUCCAAGCGUUCCAGGCCUUCAAGCAGGUGUGCGAGGGGUGGAACAAUUACAAUCCGGAAGUCCAUUUCCUAAAUCUCGCAUCAUCCAAAAGUUGGGAGCUACCCGAAGAUCUCUUCGAUACAAAAGCUGGCGAAACCCGACCGAGUAAACCGGUCAAAAAGGUGAUUAAGAAUCCCAAGCCAGAGGCCAAGCCGGUCCGGCGUAGCAUCAGUGAGGUCGAGGACGUCCAACCUGACGGCGAUGCUGUGAAACGACCAAGACUAAUGACAACUACGCCAACACCGACGCCCACUGCAACACCCGCAUGA